AUGUACUGUUCAAUUAAGCGUGCUACAACCGUAUCGACUACAAAUGUUUUAAAACGUUGUUUCUCACAAGGUUACCAGUUGAACAAAUCACAGGCAACAGGUGUUGUCUUUAUGAACAUGGGUGGUCCGUCUACCGUGGAGGAGACACAUGAUUUUUUGUAUCAAUUGUUUGCAGAUAACGAUCUUAUUCCUAUUAAUAAGCGGUUUCAACCAUUGAUAGCAAAAUAUAUUGCUAAAUUUAGAACCCCUAAAAUUGAACAACAAUAUAAGGAGAUAGGUGGUGGUUCGCCUAUUCGUAAAUGGUCAGAAUAUCAAUCUGUUAAAGUUUGUAAGAUGUUAGAUGAAAUUAGUCCCGAGACAAAGCCUCAUUACCCUUAUGUAGCAUUUCGUUAUGCAAAACCUUUAACCGAAGAAACUUAUCAAAAAAUGUUGGACGAUGGUAUCACUAGAGCUGUUGCUUUAACUCAAUAUCAGCAAUUUUCAUAUUCAACCACGGGAUCCUCAAUUAAUGAAUUAUGGAGACAAGUGAAAAAAUUAGAUCCCAAUCGAUCCAUUGUUUGGUCUACAAUUGACCGUUGGCCUUCAAAUAAGGGUUUAGUGGACGCAUUCGUCGCAAAUAUUAGGAACAAAUUAAAAGAAUUCCCAGAAGAAAUUAGGGACGAAGUAAUUAUAUUAUUCUCUUCUCAUUCUUUACCAAUGGAUGUUGUUAAUACAGGUGACGCUUAUCCGGCUGAAGUUGCAGCUACUGUAUACCAGAUUAUGUCAAAAUUAAAAUUUAAAAAUCCUUAUAGAUUGACUUGGCAAUCUCAAGUCGGCCCUAAACCUUGGUUAGGUGCUCAAACUUUGGCUAUAUCAAAGUUUUUGAGUGAGAUGGAUUCAUCAAAGGUUCCGGGUAUUUGUCUGGUACCUGUGUCCUUUACAUCGGAUCAUAUUGAAACAUUACAUGAAGUAGAUAUUGGUAUGAUAGAAGAAUCGGAACAUAAAGACAAAUUAAAGAGAUGCGAUUCUCUUAACGGGAGUGAAAUCUUAACUAAAGGCUUAGCAGAAAUGGUUAAGGACCAUUUGAAGAGUGGUGAAUUAUAUUCAAAGCAAUUAAAAUUGGAUUACCUACUUGGUAAGUCUAGUGACCCAGCUGAUCUUGACCAAUUGUUUGGUGACCAUACAAAAAUCAAAAACUGA